UUUAUCUGCUGAAAGGUCUAUAGAUUGUUCUAUAGAACUGGGCAUUCUAUAGAAUGUCUAACAGAAAUUCUAUAGACAUUAUCCUUUAUCUGCUGAAAGUUCUAUAGAUUGUUCCAUGGAAUAAAAUUCUAUAAAAUGGCAGCAGCGCUAUCACCAUAGCAUUGAUUAAUCUCAUUAAGUUGAUUCACCAGACUUGAGCUUGUUUUUUGAACAAUGCAGGAUGUCUCCCUCAAUUAUGAAAAUGUUAAUUUUGUAUCAUUCAAAAUUGUGAGGUGUCAUUUCAAGGCGGACACCCAGAACUUCGGCAGACUUUAUUUUUAAAAGUAUAUUUAUUCCAAUAAAUCAAUUUAUUUUUAUUUUUAGAGUUUUUGAGUUAUCUAUAAGUAAAAAGUGUGAAUAUUUUCGUAACUUACUUUUUUAUGUGAUAAAAUUAAUUUUAUUGGACUUCCAACAUAAAUUGAUUUAGCAAAACUCAGUUCAAAGGUUUAAAUCAGACCUAAAACGUCAGGACCCGCCCACGUACCUGCAUGCAGCUGUGGAAGAACAAGCCCAGACACGUUUCUUCACGGAGCCCAAUAGGAAAACACUUUACCGAACUCAUGUAAGUAACAAUUUAUAUUGUUAAAAGUCAGUAUUUGCCAGGAUUUAAAUGUAUACAUUUUCAAAAGCAUGGUUCAAUGUUAUAUUUAGUUUACUACUUUUCCCGCCGUAACAUUACAAACCCCCCCCCCCCCCCCCCCCCCCCCAAACACGAUAGAUAGAACUGCUCUCGUUUUGUUAUAAAAUAACAAAACUGUUUUAAGGCUGCAAUCACAACCAAAUUCAUGUAUAGUUGGUAAUAAUCGCGUUGUAUCAAUGUUUCUCAUAUCCGACACUAAUAAGUGCGAAUAUGUUUCAAAUCAACUUUUUUUUUAAAUUAUUUAUUUUUCCCCUUCGCGCUUGCCGUAGUUGCAAAGCAGAUUUCGCGGGCAGUUUGAGUUGGUGAUGGCGGCCACAACGUCCAUGUUGACUUCACUCGCUCUUUCUAAGCUGCCCAAGUCACGUCGGAGUUCAUUGACGGUAACUUUGUUGGCUUAAACAUCACAUUUAGGUUUAGGGUCUUCUAGGCGCGAUGCGAGACGUCACAAGCGGGCUAACGUUGAGCCAAACAGCAGCUUCGAGGCACGGGCGGAAAUGAGAAGGAGUUUGGCCCCCAGUCAGGUCGCCAAACGGAAGCAAGGGGAGGAUGAUCAUCGAGACGAAAUAUAGUAUAUUAACCACGAGCGGUUCUCGAGAGAAGAUGAAUGGAGAAAAUUGGGACAGUGAUGAAGAAGUCCAAGUUCCAUGGCCACUCAACAAAGCAGGAGGAAGGAAGCAGUCACAAACCAAAUACGUGGCAAGAAUUCUGAGAUUUGGUGAAGACACACGUGAACUGACGCCAUAUUUGAAAGCCGCUCAGGAUGGCAAGGAUGUACCCCUUACUGGUGAUUUGGAAUAUGGCAGAGGCAAGAGAAACAAACAGCCAAAGUCUUGGUCAUCAGACAGUGAGAGCAAGGAUGAAAGUGUUGAGGAGACUCUAUCUGACAGACAGCAGAAGAAAAAGAGGAAAGUAAGCCGUACAGCUGUGGGAUAUGAUGCUCGGGCACAAUUGAAGGCCCAACUUGCUGCUCUGGGAAGAACUUCACCGAAAGAUACAUGUACAGAAAUGGAAUCCCUGAAGAAGGAAGUCCUCCAGUUGAGAGAGGAAAACAAAUCCCUUCGAGAUGCAUUGAGGGUUGUUGAAGGACUUCCUGGCCUGCUAAUGAAGAUGGACGACUUAUCACAUCAGGCAACAAUACUAUCAGCUCGACGUCCUGCUGUCGCUCUGCCAGAGAGGAGCUGGCCAACAGCAGCUUGACAGGAAAAAAAUCCAAUGCUUUUAAGGAUAAGCAUGAGAAACCAAAACUGGAUGACAAGAAAGUGUCUGCUAUUAUUGAUUUUGUGAAGAAGCUCCAUCCCUCAAGUGAAGCAAAUGUGAUAAAGAAAAUCAUUGGAGUGAAACUGAACAUUGCGCAGAAAAUGGGAAAAAAAGAAGGCCUCAGAAACAAAUUCUGCUGGACGUCUAGCCGUCUCUAACAGUCGGGGAAGC